AUGAUUGGACCAUCAACUAUGCUUCCUAAUGCUUUUGAAAAGCUCCAAUUAUCUGUUGGAUGCUAUGUUCAGCUUGCCGUAAAGGUAAAGAACAAUAAAGUUUCAGAAAUUGUCAAUGAAAUUUCUAAAAAAUGCAUUGGCUGUCGAACAUUGUUUGAUGGUAAAAAUUAUGUUUACACAGAUCAGCCAUGCCCAACUUAUCAAAUUCCUGAUAAGUUUCCUCAUUUAGAAGAGGCAAAUAAAUUUGUUGCCAAAAAUCAUACAAUUCCUGAGUCAACUCGCUUAGCAUCAAUAUGCUAUAAUAAGGACACCGUUAUAUUUAAUUGCAAUCAUUCGUCAUCAGAUGGCGGAUACAUGAAGAUGCUUUUGGAUCAUGUGUGUGGACGAGAAACACCAAAGGAUACUCAAGCUAAAAUUCAUACAUCAAUAAUUGAUGCACUUUCUGAUCAAUUGGCUAAUACAAAUGGCAAAAUUUCAACGAUGACUACUCCAAUCAGAAAUUAUCGCAAGAAACAAGAAAAAGAAUAUGCAAUUUACACAUUGAUUGAAUUCCCGAUCAAAGAAAAGAUGUCGAAAGUUACAGAAAAAAUGAUGCUCGCAGCAACGCUUUCUGCUUCAGCAUACAACAAAAUGUUAACUUCUAUUGCUAGUCAACUUGCUGUUAAUGCCAGAAGAUACAUGAAAAACCCAGAUUGGAGUCAUUGCAAUAUUGAUAGUUUAAUUGUCGCAGAUGCACAUACAAGCAUCGUUACAAAGUAUGCCAAAUUGAUUAUUGAUGAGUUGAGUGCUUUACUCCGUAAGGAUAUGCAAGAAAAAUUAAAUAAUGGCGAAGCAUUAAGAUCCGUUAAUCAUUUAUACAAAAGAACAUAUCCCAAGCAAUGA